CAAAUUGAGCAAAAGCCGUAUUGUUUCACAAUUAUGUCAAUUUUCUUCCUUUCAUGUCAGCCAAUUCGUUAAGGAAAUUACUCAGCAAGUUUGAGUUCCUCUUCUCCGUACCAUUUGACUUGCCUACUUCUGCCAUUGCCGACCAGCCAUUCCUCCAUUUCAGCUAUCUUUUAAGCUCAUGUCAUUCCCUCCCAGCCCUCAAACAGUUACACACUCUGGUCUUGACAACUGGUUACCACAAAAACCUCCUAAUAUGCACCAAGAUUGUAUCUUUAGCGUGUUCUUUAUCGCCCACAAUGGACUAUGCACGAAAACUGUUCGACCAAAUGCCUCAAAGAGAUGUCUUUGCUUUGAACACCUUGAUUCGGGGAUAUUCCAAUCUGGGUCCUUGUCAAGAAUCCAUUUUUCUUUAUAAAGAGAUGCAUUUACAAGGAAUUUUACCUGAUAACUAUACAUUCCCUUUUGUACUUCGUUCUUGCUCUGUGUUGUCAGCUUUGAGGGAAGGUAGGGAAAUACAUUGUAACAUAAUUAAACAUGGGUUUGAAUCUGAUGUGUUUGUGCAGAGUUCUUUGAUUACUCUGUAUGCGCAGAGCGGGGAGACUUUGGAUUCGGAGUUGGUGUUUGAUCAAAUGAGAGUGAGGAAUAUAGUUUCUUGGACUGCGAUGAUUGCAGGGUAUGUGCAAAAUGGAAUUCCUGAGAAGGGAUUAGGAGUUUUUCUCAAAAUGGUUGAUUCGGGUACUCUACCUAAUGCUAUUACUUUGGUGAGUGUGCUUCCUGCUUGUGCGCGGUUGGAUUGUUUGGAUUUGGGAAUGUUGAUUCAUGGCUAUAGUAUUAAGUUAGGGGUGGAAACAGAUGUAGCACUAGUUAAUGCUUUGGUUGCACUCUAUGGGAAGUGUGGACUAGUUGAUGUCGCUUGGUCUUUGUUUGAUCAAAUGAAGGAGCAUAGUGUGGUUUCAUGGAAUGCAAUAAUUGCUGCUUAUGAGCAAAAUGAUGUUGGUUCCUCCCCAAUAAAGCUAUUUCAUAGAAUGCUAGAUCAAGGGGUAGAGUUCGAUUAUAUUACAGUAGUUACUGUUAUUUCAGCUUGUGCCAGGUUGGGGGCACUUGGUACUGGAAAAUGGAUUCAUGAGCUAGUCAAAAGCAAAGGUUUGGAAUGCAAUGUUCCAAUCACAAAUGCACUUAUUGAUAUGUAUGCAAAAUGUGGGAGUAUAGAAUCGGCUAGAGAUGUUUUUGACAGGUUGCCUAGUAGAAGCGUGGUUUCCUGGUCAUCAAUUAUAGGGGCUUGUGCUUCACAUGGUCAUGGGAGAGAUGCUCUUGAGUUGUUUUCAAGGAUGAAAGAAGAAGGAGUCCCACCAAAUCGCUUCACCUUCACUGCUGUAUUGACAGCUUGUCGACAUUCAGGUCUUGUAGAGGAAGGGAGGAAGCACUUUGAGAGCAUGAGAAUGGAAUACUCGAUAGUGCCAGGGGUGGAGCAAUGUGCUUGUAUGGUGGAUCUUCUAGGACGAUCAGGACAACUUCUUGAGGCUUAUGAAUUUAUAGAGAACAUGCCUAUUGAGCCUGAUGCGGAUGUUUGGGGAGCUUUGCUUGGUGCUUGCAGAAUUCAUGGCAAUCUUGAGAUGGCAGAAUAUGUAGCAGAUCGACUAUUUGAUUUCAAUCUCCAGGCAGUUCCUUUCUACAUUCUCAUGAAAAACAUCUAUGCUGAAGCCGGAAGGUGGGACGAUGUAGCUAGGUUGAAAUUUUUGUUGGAAGAAUUGGAAGUGGAAAAGAUUCCUGGCAAAAGUUCAGUUGAGAUAAAUCGACGGAUUCACACGUUUUUGUCUGGGUCACGGAUUUCAAACUUCUCAAGAGUUCCACCCCGUGAAUAUGUUCAACUGAAGUAUUAGCAAGCAGCAUUUUAAGUAGGCGUUUGGCCAUAGAUUCCAAAACUUUUUCACUUUAUUUGGAGUUUAUGGAGUUUGAGUUGUUUGGUUAUACUUCUUGCAAAGACUAUUUGGAAUAAUGUUCACGUAUGAAUUUACUUAAAUAUUACUUCAAAAGUGAAAAUUGAGUUUGAAAACAAGCCAAACUUCAAGUUGGAUUUGGUAUUUUUCAUAGCCAAACACUGCUGUUCCAAAUAAAGUGAAAAAGUGUACCGGAAAAAAGUGAAUAAUUUUAUGGCCAAACGGUUUACUCCUGUUGUUUAAACAUUAGGUUGUUGUUGUUGAGUACUAUUAUCUAUUACAUCAGUUGAAGAAUGCUUGCUUUUGCAGCUUGGUCAUCCUGGACUUUUGAUCCAGAGACCUUGGCUGUGAAGUAAAUCAUUACACCUAUGUCCAAAUGAUUAGAAGAAAUUCAAUAGAUUCCCUUUUGAGAGCAAGUUAUCCUUUCCGAAAGCAACAUAAUUGUACUGCGCUCUCCAACUAUGCUUGUGCAGAUUGGGCAAAUUUGAUGGUUAUCUAUGGAAUAUUAACUUGGGUGGGGAGAAUGUAGAUGAUUGUAAGAUUCAUCAUCUCGAUCUUCCAACUGGCUUCUGUUCACCAGAGUUUGAAUCUCUGAUCGUAAUGUUUUACCCAAAUUACUGGUGUAGUAACUAGGUUGCUGUGUUGAAGAAGAAAUGAAGAUGCUCAAUCUCAGCUUGAGGCAAAAACAGAAGAGUGAUGAUGCAGCAAAACGUCUUCAAGAUGAAAUCGACAGAAUUAAGACUCAAAAGAUGCUAGUACACUUCCGAAUAUAACAGAAAAUUUCUUUCUUUUUUUCAGAAACUGGUAAGGUCGUAUUCCUCAGAAUAGGGCGGGAUUGAUUGAUCUACAUAAGAAAUUCUAGCUUCCCUUCCAGGUAUUAGUGCUGGAGACCAUCAAAAAACAAGAGAGUAAACACAGAGAUCCUAACAAAUCUACAAGUUCCGUCUCCUCUUUGCACCAAAAGUAAAAAGAUAUCAUACAAUUCUAUUUUACUAUCUGAAUGGAAUUGGACCUAUCUUCAAAGCUUCUGUAAUUCCUCUCCCUCCACACAGUCCACCAGAUGCAAUGUGGAAUUAUUCUUCACCAUCACUUCUGGCUCUUGCUACCUCUUUUAAUCCAACAACUCAACAAAUCUGCAAUAUGCUUAGGUAUGUCCACUUUGUGUCUGGGAGACAAAAAUAAAAAAUGCAUAGCUAUGCAAAGAAUCUGCAGUGCUAAAAAG